UCCUGACCACAAAGCGACACCUGAAGCCUCGGCAGAUGAUUGGCUCGCUGCUUGGCAGGCUCUGCUGUGAUUGGUCUCUAAAGUGUCGCUCAGCACGUCGCUUGCUUUAGUCGUCACGGCAAACACGGAAAGUGAAUUUUGUAGUUUUUCUCCACUCGCCCUUAAACGCUGUAUCAAGUGUCUAUCGUAGGGAAAGAACUGCAACUCCCAGACAAACCAUCCACCAACCUGUUACGUAAUGACCCCUCAGCACUGCUAUCGCCGCCUAUCACCUUCUGUUUGCUAAGUAGCUAUCUCUACGGGGGAAGUGGGUGUAAUGGAUAGAUGCGGACACUAACGAUAGCAGAAUAACGCGCCUGUCAGAUCAUCACACCCCUUAAAACCACAACCAUGUUUGGCCGGUCACGGAGCUGGGUUGGAGGACAGGGGAAAACGAAAAACAUCCACUCCUUGGACCAUUUGAAGUAUAUGUACCAUGUCCUGACCAAAAACACCACAGUGACGGACCACAAUCGAAACCUUCUUGUGGAGACCAUCCGCUCCAUCACAGAGAUACUCAUCUGGGGGGACCAGAAUGACAGCUCUGUAUUUGACUUCUUCCUGGAGAAGAACAUGUUUGCCUUCUUCCUGAAUAUCCUGCGUCAGAAGUCGGGACGCUACGUGUGCGUCCAACUCCUCCAGACCCUCAACAUACUGUUUGAGAACAUCAGCCAUGAGACUUCACUAUAUUACCUCUUGUCGAACAACCACGUCAACUCCAUCAUCGUCCACAAAUUUGACUUCUCGGAUGAGGAGAUCAUGGCCUACUACAUCUCUUUCCUCAAGACCCUGUCACUCAAACUCAACAACCACACCGUGCACUUCUUCUACAAUGAGCACACUAAUGACUUUGCCCUGUACACCGAGGCCAUUAAGUUUUUCAACCACCCUGAAAGCAUGGUCCGCAUCGCAGUCCGGACCAUCACACUCAACGUCUACAAAGUUUCAUUGAACAACCAGCACAUGCUGCACUACAUCCGAGAUAAGACGGCGGUCCCAUAUUUCAGCAACCUGGUCUGGUUCAUUGGCAGCCAUGUCAUCGAACUGGACAAGUGUGUGCAGACAGACGAAGAACAUAAGAACAGAGGGAAGCUAAGUGACCUGGUAGCGGAGCACCUUGACCACCUGCACUACCUGAACGAUAUCCUCAUCAUCAAUUGUGAAUUCCUUAAUGACGUUUUGACCGACCACCUACUAAACCGUCUGUUCCUGCCCCUCUAUGUCUACUCUUUGGUUAUUCCUGAGACGUCUGAAGAGCGAAAGAUCAACCCUCAGGUGUCCCUCUACCUGCUGUCUCAAGUGUUUUUGAUCAUCCACUAUCGGCCAAUGGUCAACGCCCUGGCCGAAGUUAUUCUAAAUGGAGACCUGUCCGUCUUCACCCCACAGACGGAAAUGCACAGCACACACAAGAACACGGCCAGUGCAGGGGGUGUGCGUUGCUUCACCAAGCCCCUGGAGUCUCUGGAGCGCUCCCUGGAGCUGUCUCGCCACCGCGGCCGCAAGAGAACUCAGAAGAGGCCAAACUACAAGAACCUGGGCGAGGAGGAGGAUGAUGAAAGGGCUGGGGGAGGAGGAGGCGGUGGAGGAGGAGUAGAAGAGGGCUGGGACGACGAAAGCAGAGGAGGCGAGAGAGAGGGAGGCCGAGAGAGGGAGAAGGGAAAAGGUACAGAGGGAGUAGGAGGAGGAGGUGAUAGGAGUUCUAAGGGAAGCAGAGCAAGUGGGGAGACAGCGGAAGAGAUAGAGAUGGUGGUGAUGGAGAAGUGUAAGGUGUCAGAGGUGACGGAGCAGAACAUCACCGAUGAAGAGAAGACCGCUGCAGCCACCCGCACACACACACAGAGGAGCAGACCGUUCUUAGACAUGGUGUACAGUGCUCUGGUCUGCACCACCGAUGACUACCACGCCCUGUUUGUCCUCUGCCUGCUUUAUGCUGUCUCUCACAGCAAAGGUAUAAACCGAGAUCUUCUGGAGCGUCUGCAGUUGCCCGUUCCUGACCAGGAGAAGAGCGCCUACAGCCUGGUGCUGGUAGAGAGACUGAUCAGAGUUAUGAGCCAGGCAGCACAGCCUGAUGGUAAAGUGCGUCUAGCUACCCUGGAGCUGAGCUGCCUUUUAUUAAAGCAGUCUGUGCUUUCUGGAAACCAAUGUAUAAUCAAAGAUGUACAUCUGGCCUGCUUGGAGGGUGCUAGAGAAGAAAGUCUGCAUUUACUGCGGAGAUACCACAAGGGCGAGGAGAUCUUUCUGGACAUGUUUGAAGAUGAAUACAGAAGCAUGACGAGUAAACCGCUGAAUGUUGAGUAUCUAAUGAUGGAUGCCUCGGUGCUGCUGCCACCCACCGGUACCCCUCUGACCGGCAUCGACUUUGUCAAAAGGCUGCCCUGUGGGGACGUGGAGAGGACACGCAGGGCUAUCCGUGUGUUCUUCAUGUUGCGGUCCUUAUCGCGUCAGCUUCAGGGAGAACCUGAGACGCAGCUGCCUCUGACCCGACCUGAAGACCUCAUCAAGACAGACGAUGUCUUAGACCUCAACAACAGUGACCUAAUUGCCUGUAUGGUGGUCAGUAAAGAUGGAGGCCAGGCCCAGAGGUUCCUCGCUGUUGAUGUGUACCAAAUGAGUCUGGUCGAACCAGAAACCAAACGCCUUGGAUGGGGCGUGGUCAAGUUUGCCGGCCUUCUGCAAGACAUGCAGGUGUCUGGCGUUGAGGACGACAGCAGAGCGUUGAACAUCGUCAUCCAUAAGCCCAUCUCCAACCCCCACGCCAAGCCCUUGCCCAUUCUGCAGGCCAACUUCAUCUUCGCCGACCACAUCCGCUGCAUCAUCGCCAAGCAGAGGCUGGCCAAAGGUCGCAUCCAGGCCCGACGCAUGAAGAUGCAGAGGAUUGCAGCUCUGUUGGACCUGCCUGUGCAGCCCAGUGCGACGGAGGUGUUGGGUUUCGGGCAGACAGCCAACGCUUCACCCAGCGCCCUGCCUUUCAGAUUCUACGAGCAGUCAAGACGGUCGUCCAGCGACCCCACGGCAACUAGAUCAGUCUUCGGCUCCGUCGACAAAGUACCAGGUUUUGCAGUGGCUCACUGUGUGUCGCAGCACAGUCCCUCGCCCCUCUCCUCCCCCUCGCCUCCCUCCAGUGGGAGUGGGAGCACAGGAAGAUGUGACUCUGUUACUGCAAGCACUAUAUCAGCUCAGAGCCCCACAGAUGAUGGUACAUUUUUGGAGCACACCCCACCCUCCUCCUCAGGUGGAGAAGGUGGAGAAGUAAUGCUAGUCUCCUCUACUCCCUCGGCACCAGUCGCGGCUCCAGCCCUGGCCCCGAGCCUCACUCCGGCGUCGCAGCCCAACAUCUCCCUCCUCACCGACAACAACGCAGAGACUCUGAGCGUCGAGUCGCUCACUCUGCUGCCCCCCUCAGACUCACCGCACCUUCACCCCUGUGCCAGCCACAUCCCCGCGACACACUCCCUCCAGAGACCAAACGCCUCUAUCGCAGAGGAGGAAGAGGGUGACGAAGAGAAAGAGGGGGAUAGGAAAGCAGGGCAAAGAGAAGAGGAGGAGCUGCGAGAGGAGGAGGGGUCGCCGAUGGAUGACACAGAGACGAACGCAACGGUAAAAGAAGAAACCACCGACGAGGCACCAGAGGGAGAAGAUGAGCCGGAAGGUGAAGACUCACCUCUAGAGGUGAACAGAGACCGACUCUCUGCUGGAGACGACUCGGCUACAGAGUAUGUAGAGAACACGGAAGAUGCAGACGUACACACUGAAACACCAGACUCGCCUGAACUGGAUUAAGCAACACGCACACAAUCAUGUUCAUGCACUUAAACAUAUCUCUCACACACAAAGAGACAGUGAAGUGUGAUAGUUAAACUAUCCAGCUUGGCUGCAGUAUAUUUUCAUGUUGCGACCUGUAGAUAGUGCGUGAUGUGAAUAGUCGUAAGAGGAUUUUGGAGGCAUCUCAACAUUUGUGUUUGCACAUGAAGAAAGACUCUUUUUACUCCGAGGACGAAACACUGGUCGGACACAAGGAAUGCUUAAAGCACAUUUGGGUUUCUGUGGACUCUAGUGUGUACGGUUGUGUUUUUAGCAAGCGUGUGUAAAGGCGCGCAACCAGCAACGUUUUUUACUCAUUCUGAUAGAUUGUCAGCUCAAAGAAACACACACACGCCACAUCACAUGCUGCUGCUGUGAGCCGUUGUGAGGUUCUAAAGACCUGCUCUAUUUUUGCGUCUUAUGUUCAUCACUAAUGUUUUGUGGCGGUGGUCCCUUCUAUGCUAACACACACACGCGCUAUACAUACAGUCCACACAAAGUCAGCUGCAUAUGCCUUUUAACCACCGUGUGUCAGGCCGGUUAGCAGUUACUGCCACCUAGGUGUGUGUGUGUGUGUGUGUGUGUGUGUGUGUGUGUGUGUGUGUGUGUGUGUGUGUGUGUGUGUGUGUGUGUGUGUGUGUGUGUGUGUGUGUGUGUGUGUGUGUGUGUGUGUGUGUGUGUGUGUGUGUGUGUGUGUGUUUCUAUCUCUCCCUCGUCUCCCCCUUAUCUUCCCCACCUGAUUUUUUUGACCACCUGUUUGCGAAGGCAAGUGAGCUGCUCGUGGUUAUUCUGUGUGUGUGUUUUCUACAUUUUGUUUAGCUCUUAUUGUUCCAGGUGUAGAGUAUUGAUCCAUUAAUUUCCCAUUAACUAACUGGUGUCUAUUAUAGAAAAUGUAUUAAAUUACCUGCAGCAUGUCGAGCAAGGAGGAGGGAGCAGGUCUCAUAAUGUUAACGUGAAGUUGUAGCUCACACCUUUUUUCUUUUUAAGUGUUGUCCUCUCUAGUUAACUAAAUUAAUGAAUUAAUUUAGAUUAAUUCAUCUCGGGAUGAGGUGUGUGAAAGCAGCUUUUUGAUUGUCGUCACAGCCAGCGCAGUUUGUUUGCAUAAGGUUGAUCUCUCGGGCUGACGGUUCAGUACGGGUUGCUUGAGUAAAAGAUAAGAAAUAUUUUAUUUUCAGAUAUGUAACAAUAAUUGACAAACCUUGAUCUCGUUGGAUUUGCUUUUAUUUUCAACUUCUAGAUCACUUAACUUUCUUCCCACUAUUCAGACAGUAGGUCAUAGAAGGGAUCCGAUUUACCAAUCAGCAACCUGACUGAGAGAAUCAUUGAUUUGAAAGAUCGAAUGGAGCUGAAUAAGUGGUUCAGCAGUUAUCCAUAAGUCAGUCCAUGUAGGCUUUCAUUCAUUCUCCACAUCAAGCAUUUCAGUCCGUAGCGACACAGGUGAGCUGCUGUUUUACUCAUUUUAAAAGCUGAUUAUUGUUUGAUAUAAUUAGGAAUAUAGAUAAAAGUUAAUUUGCUUGAUUAAAUGAAACUCUGACAGCCUCAUAGAGGGAUGUAGUAUAAUAGAUAUCAGGGAUCUUAUGCUUCAAAAAGUCUUGAGACACUGUUUGAAAUGACAUCCUUCUGUUCUGCACACUGCCACCACAACAACACUGGGUUGAAUGUAUCUGCUGGUUGCCCCUCAGACACUGACCUGAGCUCAGUUUUACCCUCCAUGUAUCAGGGAACCAUCUGACUAUAGUUUGAUAAACUGAAAACACCCAUUCUCCAGGAAAGACGAGUAUAAUUUGGUUAAUACUUCCUAAAAGCCUAAAGCAUAGUGUGACGUUUGUAUAGUCAUAUCUGCUCACAUCUGUGUUUAAACCCUGGCAGAAUUUCAUAGUGACAACCAGAAACAAAAGCAUUUUUGGAAAACCAAAUAAAUUUGUUGAGUUGCUGCUCUGAGGUCAGUGUCGCCCUCCGCUGAAUAAUGCUUUACUACUGCAAUAAUGUUAAGAGCUAACCAACGAGGGGAACGAUGAAUGUAACUGACAACUUAUCUCUCCAAACAGUGAUGUCAUAUGUUCAUUUUGAAUGGGAUCAGUGUGUUUUAUCCUUAAAUCAUGACUUGAUUUAUAAAUCUUAGGAACAGAAGCAGUGUCACAGAUUCUUUAGAACAUGCAUCUCCUCAUCCUUUUUAAUCCUUUUAUUAAGCUUUCCUCUCUUUUCUCUUCCGCUUCUGCUUUCCAGCUCUUCUUUUCUGUGCCAUUAUCUUGCAGCUAAAGUCUUAAUGCUCGACAUUUCUUAUUUUUUAACUCUGUACAGUCAUCAAGACGUUUAUAAAGAAGAAAUUAAGAGCAAUACUUAUUUUUUCUUUCGGUCUCUUUCCAUCUUGCUUCUGUAAAUAGCAGAAGAAUGAUAGUGAUGAUCACUGGUGUGCUGAAGAGGCUUGGCACAAUUUGUAGAGCAGCUUCUGAUGGUUUGAAGGAACGUGCCGCCAUGUUUGAAGUCAACAUGGCGGCACAACGCCUGUAACCAUUGGCAACCUCUAUCCAAACAUGUCAUGACAAGCUUCCGUUGUCUCUGAUUGUAGUGUGUGUGUAUGUAAUAUGUUUAUAUGCUCUGUAAAUGCUUUUUGCUUUUAAACCUGUAAUUAUUGUUAAUGAACUGAAAACAGAGGAAUAAAUAAAGAACUGCAAUAAAUUAUUCUACUUAACAACAGCGA